GCAUCACUCCGCUUUAAUAGUCAGUCAGAAGCAAAGAGUCGCAGCCACCCAGUGUGGCAGCUGGGAAUGUGUUGGUUACAAGUCUAUGGUUACAACACGGACCGGUAUUUCAGGACGAUGAGCAGUAGCGGGGCUGGCCAAGAAGAGACUCUGCUCAGCCAGCACACGGGCUUAAAUUGAACUCUGAACGGAGGACUUGCAUUGUCUGCCCAGGGUAGUCGGUGUUCUCGGAGCGCAUCAGAUGGUGCACGGAGAGCCGCUGGUGGCUCACUGCAGGGCUGCAAGCUAGAGGGAGAACCGCCGGAGCACCGUGUUCGUCCCCCGGUUUGUGCACACCUUACCCCCUGCCUGCUGUGUCCGGUUACACAACGAAUUAAGGUGUCCCUUGACAGUAGGCCUAUACUCUUUACGAGUCCAGGUUUUAAACGCUGGGUUAUGCGUCUGUUUUACCGAUACCAAAACACUUGCACCAACGACAAUGGACUAAACCUACAGCGGGGGCGAGCGACACACAACCUGCCGCAGAUUUCCUACAUGUAAAUAAAUAGAUGAUAGAGGAUACAAUGACCCUGUUGUCUCUGUUAGGUCGGAUCAUGCGUUAUUUUCUGCUCAGACCGGAGACCUUGUUCCUGCUGUGUAUCAGCCUGGCUCUGUGGAGUUACUUCUUCCACACGGACGAAGUGAAGACCAUCGUCAAGUCCAGCCGGGAUGCGGUCAAGAUGGUCAAGGGGAAAGUGGCGGAGAUGAUGCAGAACGAGCGGUUCGGAGGGCUGGACGUCCUGGACGCGGAGUUCUCCAAGACAUGGGAGUUCAAGAGCAGCAACGUAGCCGUGUACUCCAUCCAAGGCCGGCGAGACCACAUGGAGGACCGGUUCGAAGUGCUCAGCGACAUCGUCAACAAGAGUCACCCCUCUAUUUUUGGGAUUUUUGAUGGCCAUGGAGGAGAGGUACUACGUGUCUGGUGGCCCUGCUCUCUGAUAAGGAGUUGACGGUGGCCAACGUUGGAGACUCGCGUGGAGUUCUUUGUGACAAAGACGGAAACGCUAUUCCUCUGUCGCAUGACCACAAACCUUACCAGCUAAAAGAACGCAAGAGGAUCAAGAAGGCUGGUGGUUUCAUCAGCUUCAACGGCUCGUGGCGUGUGCAGGGCAUCCUGGCCAUGUCCCGUUCUCUGGGCGAUUACCCGCUGAAGAACCUCAACGUGGUCAUUCCCAAUCCGGACAUCAUGACGUUUGACCUGAACAAGCUGCAGCCGGAGUUCAUGAUCCUGGCCUCGGACGGCCUGUGGGACACCUUCAGCAACGAGGAGGCGGUUCGCUUCAUCAGGGAACGACUGGCCGAGCCUCAUUUCGGCGCAAAGAGCAUCGUCCUCCAAUCCUUUUAUCGUGGUUGCCCUGACAACAUCACCGUCAUGGUAGUCAAGUUUAAAGGGAAGGCCAGCGAGAAGUAGACACAGCAACACACAGCAUCUAUAUCAUGUUUGAAUAUUAGUGAGAAGUAAUAGGGUUAAGAUGAGAGAUUUAAAACUCAAAACAACAUUUUGGGUGAGAACAAUUUCUGUCACAGAUAUUUGCAGUUCCCCUCCUUUACUUUUAUUGCUUUCAUUUAGUUAUGCAACAACAGAUUGAGCUGUGUGUGUGUGCGUGCGUGUGUAUGCUUGAGAAUAUGAAAAUAAUUGAUAUAUUUCACGUUAACAACCAAUGCAUUGCCUGUCCAAUAAUGAGAAAAUGACAGUAAACAAGCUAGCAUGGAGUUUGACUUCCACGUUAUUUCAGAGGUAAGGUCUUCCACUAUGUGACCACUAAUGUUUAUGCUUUUAGUUUUCUAACUCUGUUGUCACAUCAUUUAAUUGUAGACUUGUGUCUACCAAGUGACUGCACUGAAAAGGUAUUUUUUUCCUGGAUCAAUUACAUGUCACUGGUGCAAAUAUGAUUGUAUUCCCUUUAUACAGGAACAACACAAAUGUUUAAAUAUCACCAUUGAUAUUGUACAGCAAUACAACCAAUUAAAAUGGUCGCAUCACACUUGCUGAUCAUGGGAAUUUGAUGUAAGGAUGAAAGUGUUUUGUCUUGAGUUUUAUAAUUUUAGAUGUUGAAUGUCUAAGUUCACUUAAAUUGAUUGCUGUUUUUGUGCUGAUAAAGUCUCAAUUCUGUUUUUAUUGUUGAUACAUAUUACAUUUGUUAAAGCUGAGACUCUGGUAUGAUCCCCACCUUAUCAGCAUGUAUGUAACUACUGAUAAUGUAAUGCUGCAGAUUGUUAAAAGAAAAUCUCACGUACAACUUAAAAAAAAUCAUUUUAAACUUGAGGAAGGAGGUAAUAAUUAAGGUCUCACAGGCAGUUACAAUUGUGAAUGAUUUAGCAAUUUCAAUUAUCAAGAAAGAUUUACCACCGGCUUCUUUUUUUACAUAAUUAUUGACGUGCUAGUCCUUUAUCUGAGGUUUCUUCAAUUAUCACAUGACAAAUUAAAGUUACAAUUUCAGCCUUUAAUGCCAUGUCCUCUCUGCUAUUGAUCAUUAUUAACAUUUUCCUGAACUGUAACUCAAAAUUUAACAAGCCUUUGAAUGAAUUGUUAUUGUUGCCUUAUUUUUUAAACUGUUGAUUUCCUGUUAUGAAGUCUGCUGCCAAAACUACUUUCAGUUUAAUGUAUUGCCGUCGAUCAUGCCAUGCACACUGCUCGACCCUGAAGUCGUACAUUUGAACUCACAUGUAAAAUAGCAUUAUGGGAAGAAAUGUCUCUUAAGAGACAUGGAAUUGUAAGAUGAAUGUACAUACUGUCCUCAUGUUAGUAUCACCCCUCCACUGUUCAUGCAUCAAUGAAUAAAAGCAGUGCGCCUGUUUCUGGAUUGUUUAACUUCAGAGAUAUAUAUAUCUAUAUCGAUAUAUAUAUAUCUAUAUAUAUAUAUAUAUCAGAGAAAACUGUCUGUUUGUGCUUUUUCAGUUCACAUUCUUCCUAAAAUAUGUACCUUACAAAGUGUUUAUGUGGGAUUUGUACUUGUUUUUGUUGAUUUUAAUAAACUGUACACAAAUACAAUAACAAUUA